AGGGUCUUCUCAUAGUCAUAGAGUUCCUAUAUGUGACUAAUAUUUGAGAGUUUCGUGGCCCCCUUUUGUCGGAAAACAGCAGUUUGGAAAAGGCCAAAGCCAAUCUCUACAAAAAUACAAAAAAAUUUCGUCUUCUUCGUCGUGCCUUUUAAGUGUUGGACCGUUUUGGUCUUUGUCUCUGCUUUGUUUUUUUCUUCCUUUUUUUUAAACUGUUUCUAUUUGUGACUGUACAGACAAAACCAGAGGAAACAGAGAGACACAGACACAGAGAGAUAUAGAGAGAUUCUGGGUUUAUUCUUCUCUCUCUCUCUGUUAGGGUUCCAAGUUUUGACAACAUGAGGAAGAAACUUGAUACUCGUUUUCCAGCCGCUCGGAUUAAGAAGAUUAUGCAAGCAGAUGAGGAUAUUGGGAAGAUUGCCAUGGCUGUGCCUCUUCUAGUUUCUAAAGCUUUGGAACUCUUUCUGCAAGAUCUAUGUGCUCAGACAUAUGAGAUUACUUUGAAGAGAGGAGCAAAGACCCUGAAUUCUUUGCAUUUAAAACAGUGUGUCCAGGCCUUUAACGUUUUUGAUUUUCUGAAAGAUAUCGUCAGCAAGGUUCCUGAUUUAGGCGUUUCAGAAGCUGCUGGUGAAGAUCGUUCUGUUGCCAAAAGAAGGAAAAUUACCGAUAACAUUGAAAAUGAUAGUGAUGAUGAGUCCAAGAGGCAUAAAAUGCAUGAUGCAGUCCACAAUAGCAGCAGUGGCAGAGGAAGGGGUAGGGGCAGAGGUAGAGGUAGAGGUCGUGGGCGAGGUAGUCAAACAGUUGAGAGAGAGACGACUGCACAAUAUGAGAAGUUUGAAGAUGAUCCAGAUGAUUCUGAGCAUGAUGAAAAACUCAAUCAAAGUCUUGAGAGGCUUGAUGAUAAUGGGGCAGAAACCAAAGAAUGGAAGGAAAAUAUUCUGGCUGUCAAAAGUGAAGAAGCACCCGUUAGAAACUUUGACUUGAAUAUGGACUUAGAUGAGAAUGGGGACUCAACAACUACAGCUGCUGUCCCUGCUAGUUCAUCUGCAGAGCCCAUUCCAGAAAUAAAGCCCAAGGAAUACCCUGACUGGUCUGAAUCUGAAAUGAAAAAUAUCGCCAUUGAUCCCGUACAACUUGCCAACUUAAGUAGAAGGAUAGAUGAGGAUGAGGAUGAGGAAGAUUAUGAUGAAGAAGGUUGAAUGACAAUGACCAUGCAUUUCUGGUGCUUGUCUUAACUUAUCUCACAUAGGUUGGUAGUUCUUAUUUUCUGAUAUACAAGUAGAUGUUAGGCUAAUAUUAUUGUGAUAGAUGGUUAGGAAUAGAAAAUGAAGAUGAAAACUGCAAAUACCAUUCUAGGCAAGGCUGUAACUGUAGUUCUUUAGGUCUUUAGAUGUUCAUGGUAUAUGCUUCUGUACCAUUAACUGACAGUUUCAAACUUAUUUCUUCCUUCAGCAUAUUGAAAUCUUAAAUUUUGGUGCAAUCAUCCCCGUGUUGUACCCGAAAAUAUUUUGUAUUGUUUCUCUCAUGUGCAGAAUUAGA